UUCAGGCAAUCUUCAAAGCUAAAAAAAUAAAUAAACCUUCUCCAACAGGUAAAGAAAAGAUGGAAAGCUUUUAAUUUCAAAUAUAAAUAGAAUUAUUUAAAGAAAAAACACAUGUACAUACUUUAAGAAGUUUUCAAAAACUUAUUCUCACCUGAUGCUGCUGCUGCUGAGGUUUCACAAAAAGAGAAGUUUAAAACGGCAACAUCGGCCUUUUAUUCCUUUCACAGAAGGUUGUUCCACAGAAGGUGGAAGGUGUAACGAAACGGGAAUUUACUAGCAGCAGCGUCAUCUCCGGGUAAAGAUUCUGGCUUUGGUGCAGGGUUGCAUACUCAAACAGUAAUUAUGUAUAUACUUAUGACCAUUACACGUUCAUAGAUGAUAUAAAAUCAGCUAAUUACAAAUUGUAUGGCAUUUGAAACGGAAUCGCGAUAAGGCAUUCUCUUUGUGCUAUCCAAUUUUAUCAGGUGACUCAUACGCUCAGAAACAAAACAGUGUUGUACUCUUAGUAACUGCGCAGUAGCUAAAAAUAUAUUUCGAAUUGAAUAUUUAAUAUUUCCCAUUUGCAUAAUUCUUUUUCUAGUAGAGAUAUAAAAUAUUGCAAAAAAAAAGCUUAUUAAAAUACGAGUAUAUAAGGGUAGUCGUAUAUUCUUUCUAUUUCUCAAAAGAUGCAUAACAGCUACGAGAUUUCAAGAUUUCCACUAAUUACCUAUACCUUCAUAUCAAAAAGGCAACACUAACAACAAUUUGCUAUACUGCAAAAGCGAAUUUCAAAACGAUUAGUUCAUCGUAAAAACCAGAAUGAAUAGCAUUGGUGCGGUCUUUACCGUCUUGGCAGUUUUGAUAUUGAUUUAUAUUCUUUAUUCCAGAUGUUUCGAAAAGUCUGGCAAGGUAGAUAAUGGACAAAGCAAAAUGCAUAUCAAUGGCAAACGGUUGAGCCAACUCGAAUGGAUACAAAUAAAAGAGAAAAUAUGUAACAUAAAUAACUUAGCUCUAGAAGAAAGAUAUGUAUAUCUAAAAAUCCUAAAAGAUAAUCCACAGCUAAUGGUAGCAAUAAUUAAGGAACGACAAAAAGAUGAAAAGAAACUUUAAUUGUUGAAAAGGAAGUCGACAACGUAAAUAUAUUGGCGUUUCCCUAAAAAAACUGAGCUCCAUUAAAUUCAUUUUAUUUAACAU